CGUUACAGUCCUCUCCUGUCUUUCAAAAUUUCCCAAACUUAGCCGUUAAAGUUCUGUAAACCUUCAACCGCCUCUCUGCUCUGUUUCCGGCAACUCGUCGCAACAAUGGCCGGACAUCCAGCUUUCACCGCCGCAGAAAUGGCGGUAGACAAAGGCCUCGGCUACCCCAAAGCCUAUGCGAAGCUCUGUAAAGACCCAAGCCUUUCACCUCUAUUCACUUUCGUUCCUUCUGCUACCCAGGAGGCUUCCAGAGCGAAGGAAUUGGAUGAGAUGUUUCCGAUCGUUGAUCCAAAUGCAAAGCCUGCUAUAAAGCCCAAGAUGUUUGUCAGUCUUCUCUGGAAGCAACUCAACCACCUUGGGAAUGCUGGAUUUGACCCUAACAUGUUUCGGAUUGACCCAUACGGAAAUGUUCUGUAUUAUCAUGCUGAUUCAGCUUCACCUCUGGCCUGGGGCAUUCAUCACUGGUUUCCUAUUUCAAGAGGAGGAUUGACUGUUCCAAGAAAUCUAAGGAUUUUACAGUGGCAAGUCUGCAAGAAGAAGCAUAACCAGCUUGAAUUUCUCAUUCCAUGGUGGGAUCUUCAAGUUGGUAUCUCCAUUAACCAGUUCUUAUCCAUCUUUGCCUCAUCAAACUCAGAUUUCAGGCACAGGGCAUUUUCAUGGCUGUUUUCUGAAGGUGAAAGUGAGGAGUUGAAUACCUCACAGACAGGAAUAGGAUGUGUGGCUCCUCCAGCUGCUGUUGUUCUUGCUCGGAGAGAAUCCCGCGACACUUCAUCAGCUCUCAAGUCAUUAGACAUCAACAAAAGACCGAGAUCAUGCAUCCCUAUAAUAGCUUCCAAGAAACUGAACUCCGAUCUGAAAGAAAACGAGGACCCUGGAAUGGGAUGCAAUCCAUAUGAGGCCAUUGUGAUUGCUAGAGAUUCUCUGAGACAGUGGGAAGAAACUGAAAAGAUGCAGGCUGAAAUACAGAAGCUAGAUGAUGAAGAGAAUAGUAAAUUGAGAGUGGAAGAUUUGGAAUUAAUUCUGACGAAGAAAAGGCGGCGUGCUGAGAAGUGUCGCAAGCUAGCAGAGGCACAGACUUCAUACAAAGCAAUGCUCGAGAAGAUGAUUCGCGAUGCCAUGCACCAGAGUGUGGUGUAUGGAGAACAAGUGAGGCUGAACCAGGCAGCAAGUAAAUCCCUGAUGGCAAGGCUUGAAGCUCAAAGAGCAAUCUGUAAUUCUGCAGAGAAAGAACUGCACUACAAGUAUAAGCAGAGAGAUGAGUUAGAGAAACAGGUAAGACCUGAGUGUGAACAGACCAGGAAGAGAUCACUACUGGACGAUUUCCUUGAAGAGAACAACUUUUUUUAUUUGCCCGAAAGAACACAAUUGCAGAUGGAGAUGGAUGAUAACAUGAUGUUACACUUGGCAGGCAGAGAUUCUAAGGACAGUGUUCAUAAGGAACUGAGGGCGUUCUUGAUGGAAGAGCAGAAAGCAUCAUUACCAGCACGACAAUUAUCAGCAAUUGAAGAGCAAGAAGCCGUUUAUGGAAUCUGUACAGAAGAACCUGAGGAUGAAGAAAUGCUUGAGAAUCUGGAAAUGCAAGGCGGGACGCCAUGCAAAUUUCAGUUUCCAGUUCUUAAUGAAUCAGAAAGAGAGGAAGAGGAUGAUGAAGAGAGUGGAAAACAGCGCGGGAAAGGAAAUGUGGAAAAAUGGCUUCAGAUGCUGUUGGAGGAGAAUAAUGCAGAAAUAAUAGAUAAAGUUUGCAGGACAGAUGAAAUAAUAGAGAAGCUGAAUCUCAAAUACCCUCACAUUGAGAUCAAAUCCUCAAGCGUUCAAGAACCGAAUCAACAGUUAGGAGUGGAAAACAAAAGCAACACAGUUAGGAGGAUGCCAUCUCUGAUCUUGAGUGGCAUGAAGAAGAGAGGGAAGAAGCAGCCCUCAGUAACCAGAGGCAGUGAUGCUGAUGAAGAUCGAGCAGCAGGAGGGAACAGUAACUUCAUUAAAGCAUCCAUCAAAACAAUCAUAAAGGCAGUGAAGAUAUAAAGUCAAUCAAGUCAUGUUGAUUGCACUAGUUUCCCAACCCCGGCCCCGCUCUCAAACACUACAUAAUUGUGUGAUUUUUAGACGGUUUUGGAUUGAUUUCUAUCCUACUCUGUAAUAUUCAUUGUGAGUCAUGUGUAAUAUAUCAAGGUCAUCAGGAAGGACUUUCUAA